UGCGGCUGAUGAGCCUUCGCGCCCGCAGCGAGACGCGGCGGUGGCCAGCGCCCGAGCAGGCGGCCCGUAGGGGCAGACCCGGCGGAGAGCAGAGCCCGAGGCGCGGCGCAGCGCUUCUCCGCACACGGAACCAUGAGGUACCACGUCACCACCAGCUGCCGUGUGGUCUGGCUUUUUGUGCUGAUCUCUGGAUGCUGGGGCCAGGUGAACCGACUGCCCUAUUUCAUCAACCACUUCUUUGACACGUACCUACUGAUCAGCGAGGACACGCCUGUGGGUACCUCUGUGACCCAGUUGCUGGCCCGAGACAUGGACAAUGACCCCCUGGUGUUUGGCGUGUCUGGGGAGGAGGCCUCCCGCAUCUUCGCUGUGGAGCCAGACACAGGUGUGGUGUGGCUCCGGCAGCCUCUGGACAGAGAGACCGUAUCGGAGUUCAUAGUGGAGUUCUCUGUCAGCGACCACCAGGGGGUGAUCACACGGAAGGUGAACAUCCAGGUCGGGGACGUGAAUGACAACGCGCCCACCUUUCACAAUCAGCCCUACAGCGUCCGCAUCCCUGAGGACACACCGGUGGGGACGCCCAUCUUCAUUGUGAAUGCCACGGACCCCGACCUGGGGGCAGGGGGCAGCGUCCUCUACUCCUUCCAGCCCCCCUCCGAGUUCUUUGCCAUCGACAGCGCCCGCGGCAUUGUCACCGUGAUCCAGGAGCUGGACUACGAGACCACGCAGAGCUACCAGCUCACUGUCAACGCCACGGAUCAAGACAAGACCAGGCCUCUGUCCACCCUAGCCAACUUGGCCAUCAUCAUCACAGACGUCCAGGACAUGGACCCCAUCUUCGUCAACCUGCCUUACAGCACCAAUAUCUACGAGCAUUCUCCUCCGGGCACAACUGUGCGCGUUAUCACUGCCAUUGACCAAGAUAAAGGACGUCCCCGAGGGAUUGGCUACACCAUCGUCUCAGGGAAUACCAACAGCAUCUUUGCCCUGGACUACAUCAGCGGAGCGCUGACCUUGAAUGGCCUGCUGGACCGGGAGAACCCCCUGUACAGCCACGGCUUUAUCCUGACUGUGAAGGGCACAGAGCUGAAUGAUGACCGCACCCCCUCCGAUGCCACAGUCACCACGACCUUCAACAUCCUGGUUAUUGACAUCAAUGACAAUGCCCCAGAGUUCAACAGCUCCGAGUACAGCGUGGCCAUCACUGAGCUGGCACAGGUCGGCUUCGCCCUCCCGCUCUUCAUCCAGGUGGUGGACAAGGACGAGAACUUGGGCCUGAACAGCAUGUUUGAGGUGUACCUGGUGGGGAACAACUCGCACCACUUCAUCAUCUCCCCCACCUCCGUCCAAGGGAAAGCGGACAUUCGCAUCCGGGUGGCCAUCCCCCUGGACUACGAGACCGUGGACCGCUAUGACUUCGACCUCUUUGCCAAUGAGAGUGUGCCCGACCACGUGGGCUAUGCCAAGGUGAAGAUCACCCUCAUCAAUGAGAACGACAACCGGCCCAUCUUCAGCCAGCCACUGUACAACGUCAGCUUGUACGAGAAUGUCACCGUGGGGACCUCUGUGCUGACAGUCCUGGCAACGGACAACGAUGCGGGCACCUUCGGGGAAGUCAACUACUACUUCAGUGAUAACGCUGACCGGUUCUCUCUGGACAAGGACACAGGACUUAUCUUGCUAAUUGCCAAACUGGACUAUGAGCUCAUCCAGCGCUUCACCUUGACAGUCAUCGCCAGGGAUGGGGGCGGUGAGGAGACCACAGGCCGGGUCAGGAUCAAUGUGUUGGACGUCAAUGACAACGUGCCCACCUUUCAGAAGGAUGCCUACAUGGGUGCCCUGAGAGAGAAUGAGCCUUCUGUCACGCAGUUGGUGCGGCUCCGGGCGACAGAUGAAGACUCACCUCCCAACAACCUGAUCACCUACAGCAUCGUCUUCGCCUCAUCUUUUGGCAGCUACUUUGAUAUCAGCGUGUAUGAGGGCUANGUUAUAUUGCCCAGCUCUGGGGUUCCAGUUCCCAAGGGUGAAAUCACCACCUCUACUCUGCUUGACCGUGAGACCAAGGCUGAAUACAUCCUCAUCGUCCGGGCAGUGGAUGGGGGCGUGGGCCACAACCAGAAAACGGGCAUUGCCACUGUCAACAUCACCCUGCUGGACAUCAACGACAACCACCCCACCUGGAAGGACGCUCCCUACUACAUCAACCUGGUGGAGAUGACCCCUCCAGACUCUGAUGUGACCACGGUGGUGGCCGUGGACCCGGACCUGGGAGAGAACGGCACCCUGGUGUACAGCAUCGAUCCGCCCAACAAGUUCUACAGCCUCAACAGCACCACAGGCAAGAUCCGCACCACCCACGUCAUGCUGGACCGGGAGAACCCUGACCCCCAUGAGGCGGAGCUCAUGCGCAAGAUCAUCGUCUCCGUCAGAGACUGUGGCAGGCCCCCUCUGAAAGCCACCAGCAGUGCCACAGUGUUUGUGAAUCUCUUGGACCUCAAUGACAACGACCCCAUCUUUCAGAACUUGCCUUUCGUGGCAGAGGUGCUUGAAGGCACCCCUGCGGGGGUCUCCGUCUACCAGGUGGUGGCCACUGAUCUGGACGAGGGCCUGAAUGGGCUGGUGUCCUACCGCAUGCAGGUCGGCAUGCCCCGCUUGGACUUCCUCAUCAACAGCACCAGCGGCGUGGUGGUCACCACCACUGAGCUGGACCGCGAGCGCAUCGGCGAGUACCAGCUGCGGGUGGUGGCCAGUGAUGCGGGCACGCCCACCAAGAGCUCCACCAGCACACUCACCAUCCGAGUGCUGGAUGUGAACGAUGAGACACCCACCUUCUUCCCUGCUGUGUACAACGUCUCCGUGUCUGAGGACGUGCCACGGGAUUUCCGAGUUGUCUGGCUGAACUGCACCGACAACGACAUAGGCCUCAAUGCUGAGCUCAGCUACUUCAUCACAGGUGGGAACGUGGAUGGGAAGUUCAGUGUUGGCUACCGCGAUGCCGUGGUGAGAACAGUGGUAGGCCUGGACCGGGAGACCACAGCUUCAUACACGCUCAUCCUCGAGGCCAUCGACAACGGCCCCGUAGGCAAACGUCGCACAGGCACUGCCACCGUGUUCAUCACUGUUCUGGAUGUGAAUGACAAUCGGCCCAUCUUUCUGCAAAGCAGCUAUGAGGCCAGUGUCCCCGAGGACAUUCCUGAGGGCCACAGCAUUGUGCAGCUAACAGCCACAGAUGCCGACGAGGGCGAGUUUGGCCGUGUGUGGUACCGCAUCCUUCAAGGUAACUAUGGCAACUUCUUCGAGAUCGAUAUCGACAGCGGGCUCCUGAUGCGAGGGCCCCGGCCCCUGGACCGGGAGCAGGACGCGUCCCACGUGCUGACCGUGGAGGCCUACAACCAUGACCUGGGCCCCAUGCGGAGUUCCGUCAGGGUAAUAGUGUAUGUAGAGGACGUCAACGACGAGGCCCCCGUCUUCACGCAGCAGCAGUACAGCCGCCUGGCGCUUCGAGAGACCGCGGGCAUCGGCACAUCGGUCCUCGUCGUUCGUGCCACAGACCGAGACACUGGGCCCGGUGGCCUGGUCACCUACCGCAUCUUGUCAGGCGCGGAGGGGAAGUUUGAGAUUGAUGAGAGCACAGGGCUCAUCACCACCGUGGAUUACCUGGACUACGAGACCAAGACCAGCUACCUGAUGAACGUGUCUGCCACCGACCAGGCACCCCCCUUCAACCAGGGCUUCUGCACCGUCUACAUCACUUUGCUCAAUGAGCUGGAUGAGCCCGUGCAGUUCUCCAAUGCCUCCUAUGAGAUUGCCAUCUUGGAGAACCUGGCACUGGGCACCGAGAUUGUGCGGGUCCAGGCCUACUCCCCUGACAACAUCAACCCGAUCACCUAUCGCUUUGACACCUACACCAGCGCCCAGGCCAAAGGCCUCUUCAAGAUAGAUUCCUUCACGGGUGUGAUCACAGUCAAAGGCCUGGUAGACCGGGAAAAAGCUGACUUCCACACCUUGACAGUGGUGGCAGACGACGGCGGCUCCAAAGUAGAUUCCACUGCGAAGGUCUAUAUCACUGUGCUGGAUGAAAAUGACAACAGCCCCCGGUUCGACCCCACCUCCGACUCGAUGAUCAGCGUGCCUGAGGACUGCCCCGUGGGCCAGCGUGUGGCAACCGUCAAGGCCCACGACCCCGAUGCUGGCAGCAAUGGGCAGGUGGUUUUCUCCCUGGCCUCGGGCAACAUCGCUGGGGCCUUUGAGAUUGUCACCACCAACGACUCCGUUGGUGAAGUGUUUGUGGCCAAGCCCCUGGACAGAGAAGAGCUGGACCACUAUAUCCUCAAGAUCGUGGCAUCUGACUGUGGCACCCCUCCACGGAAGAAGGACCGCAUCCUACAAGUGACCAUCCUGGACGUCAAUGACAACCCCCCGGUGAUCGAGAGCCCCUUUGGAUACAAUGUCAGCGUGAAUGAGAACGUGGGCGGAGGUACCGUGGUGGUCCAGGUGAGAGCCACCGACCGUGACAUCGGGAUCAACAGUGUCCUGUCCUAUUACAUCACUGAGGGCAAUGAGGACAUGACCUUCCGCAUGGACCGCAUCAGUGGCGAGAUCACCACACGGCCCGCCCCACCCGACCGCGAACACCAGAGCUUCUACCACCUGGUAGUCACUGUGGAGGAUGAGGGAACCCCCACGCUGUCGGCCACCACUCACGUGUACGUGACCAUCGUGGACGAGAACGACAACGCACCUGUGUUCCAGAAGCCCCACUACGAGAUCUUACUAGAUGAGGGCCCAGAAACAAUCAACGCUAGCCUCAUCACCGUUCAGGCGCUAGACCUGGAUGAGGGGCCCAAUGGCACAGUUGUCUACGCCAUCAUUGCCGGCAACAUCAUCGAUACCUUCCAUAUCAACAAACAUACGGGCGUCAUCAGUGCUGCUAAGGAGCUGGACUACGAAAUCUGCCACGGCCGCUACACCCUGAUUGUCACCGCCACAGACCAGUGUCCCAUCUUGUCCCGCCGCCUCACCUCCACCACCACGGUGCUUGUGAACGUGAAUGACAUCAACGACAACGUGCCCACGUUCCCCCGAGACUAUGAGGGGCCAUUUGAAGUCACUGAGGGCCAGCCAGGGCCCAGAGUGUGGACCUUCCUGGCCCAUGACCGGGACUCGGGCCCCAAUGGGCAGGUGGAGUACAGCAUCGUAGAUGGAGACCCUCUGGGGGAGUUUUUGAUCUCUCCUGUGGAGGGUGUGCUACGCGUCCGGAAGGAUGUGGAACUGGACCGGGAAACAAUUGCCUUCUAUAACCUGACCAUCUGUGCCCGCGACAGGGGGGUGCCCCCCCUCAGCUCCACGAUGCUGGUAGGGAUUCGGGUGCUGGACAUCAACGACAACGACCCUGUGCUGCUGAACCUGCCCAUGAACGUCACCGUCAGUGAGAACAGCCCUGUCUCCAGCUUCGUCGCCCACAUCCUGGCCAGUGACGCUGACAGCGGGUGCAAUGCCCUCCUCACCUUCAACAUCACGGCAGGCAACCGGGAGCGGGCCUUCGCCAUCAAUGCCACGACAGGGAUCGUCACCGUGAACCGGCCCCUGGACCGCGAGCGGAUCCCACAGUACAGGCUGACCAUUUCCGUGAAGGACAACCCAGAGAAUCCACGCAUAGCCAGGAGGGAUUUUGACUUCCUGCUGAUCUUUCUUGCGGAUGAGAAUGACAACCACCCCAUCUUUACUGAGAGCACCUACCAUGCAGAGGUGAUGGAGAACUCUCCUGCUGGGACCCCCAUCACGGUGCUCAACGGGCCCAUCCUGGCCCUGGAUGCAGACCUGGACGUCUAUGCCGUGGUGACCUACCAGCUGCUGGGUGCCCAAAGUGGUCUCUUUGACAUUGACAACAGUACUGGCGUGGUGACAGUGAGCUCAGGUGUUGUCAUUGACCGAGAAGCCUUCUCACCUCCCAUCCUGGAGCUGCUGCUGCUGGCUGAGGACAUUGGGUUGCUCAACGGCACAGCUGACCUCUUUAUCACCAUCUUGGAUGACAAUGACAACUGGCCCACCUUUAACCCUGAUGCCCUCACCAUCCACCUGCUGGAGAACUGCCCGCCAGGAUUAUCAAUCCUUCAGGUCACAGCCACAGAUGAGGACAGUGGCCUCAAUGGGGAACUGGUCUACCGAAUAGAGGCCGGGGCUCAGGACCGCUUCCACAUCCACCCGGUCACUGGGGUCAUCCGUGUCGGCAAUGUUACCAUUGACAGGGAAGAGCAGGAAUCCUACAGGCUGACAGUGGUGGCCACUGACCGAGGCACCGUCCCUCUCUCGGGCACGGUCAUCAUCACUAUCCUUAUCGAUGAUGUUAAUGACUGCCGCCCCGAGUUCAUCAACCCCAUCCAGACGGUGAGCGUGCUAGAGUCAGCUGAGCCAGGCACUGUCAUUGCCAAUGUCACCGCCAUCGACCGUGACCUCAAUCCAAUGUUGGAGUACCACAUCAUCAGCAUCGUGGCCAAGGAUGACACUGACCGCCUGGUGCCUGACCAGGAGGAUGCCUUUGCUGUGAAUAUCAAUACAGGGUCUGUGAUGGUGAAGUCCCCCCUGAACCGGGAGCUGGUUGCCACCUAUGAGGUCACCGUCUCAGUGAUUGACAAUGCCAGCGACCUACCAGAGCGCUCUGUCAGCAUGCCAGAUGCCAAGCUGACAGUCAAUAUCUUGGAUGUCAAUGACAACACGCCCCAGUUCAAGCCCUUCGGGAUCACCUACUACACAGAGCAGGUCCUGGAGGGGGCCACCCCGGGCACCACACUCAUCGCCGUGGCAGCCGUGGACCCUGACAAAGGCCUCAAUGGGCUCAUUACCUACACCCUGCUGGACCAGAUGCCCCCAGGCUACGUCCAGCUGGAAGACUCCUCAGCAGGGAAGGUCAUUGCCAACCGGACAGUGGACUAUGAGGAAGUGCACUGGCUCAACUUUACCGUGAGGGCCUCGGACAAUGGGUCCCCACCUCGGGCAGCUGAGAUCCCUGUCUACCUGGAGAUUGUGGACAUCAAUGACAACAACCCCAUCUUUGACCAGCCUUCCUACCAGGAAGCCAUCUUUGAGGAUGUGCCUGUAGGCACAGUCAUUCUGAGGGUCACUGCUACUGAUGCUGACUCGGGCAACUAUGCUGUCAUUGAGUACGGCCUCGGGAAUGGAGAGGGCAAGUUUUCCAUCAACCCCACGACGGGUGACAUCUAUGUGCUGUCCUCUCUGGACCGGGAGAAGAAGGACCACUAUAUCCUGACUGCCAUUGCCAAAGACAACCCUGGGGAUAUAGCCAGCAACCGUCGAGAAAAUUCAGUGCAGGUGGUGAUCCAGGUGCUCGAUGUCAAUGACUGCCGGCCAGAGUUCUCCAAGCCCCAGUACAGCACGAGCGUGUAUGAGAAUGAGCCACCGGGCACCUCUGUCAUCACCAUGAUGGCCACCGACCAGGAUGAGGGCUCCAAUGCGGAGUUGGCCUACUCACUGGAGGGCCCCGGCAUGGAGGCCUUCCGCGUGGACAAGGACUCUGGCCUGGUGACAACACAGCGGCCACUGCGUUCCUACGAGAGAUUCAACCUGACCGUGGUGGCCACAGAUGGCGGGGAACCUCCACUCUGGGGCACAACCAUGCUCCUGGUGGAGGUCAUCGACGUUAAUGACAACCGCCCCGUGUUUGUGCGCCCACCCAACGGCACCAUCCUCCACAUCAAAGAGGAGAUCCCACUGCGCUCCAACGUGUACGAGGUCUAUGCCACAGACCAGGACGAGGGCCUCAAUGGGGCCGUGCGCUACAGCUUCCUGAAGUCGACGGGCAAUCGCGACUGGGAGUACUUCACCAUCGACCCAAUCAGCGGCCUCAUCCAGACAGCGCUGCGCUUGGACCGUGAGACGCAGGCGGUGUACAGUCUCAUCCUGGUGGCCAGCGACCUGGGUCAGCCAGUGCCAUAUGAAACCAUGCAGCCAAUGCUGGUGGUCCUGGACGACAUCGACGACAACGAGCCCCUCUUCGUGAGGCCUCCAAAAGGCAGCCCCCAGUACCAGCUGCUGACAGUGCCUGAGCACUCACCACGUGGCACCCUCGUGGGCAAUGUGACAGGCGCUGUGGACGCAGAUGAGGGCCCCAACGCCAUCGUGUACUACUUCAUUGCAGCUGGGAACGAAGAGAUGAACUUCCAGCUUCUGCCCGAUGGGCGUCUGCUGGUGCUGCGGGACCUGGACCGGGAGCGUGAAGCUCUCUUCUCCUUCAUCGUCAAGGCGUCGAGCAAUCGCAGCUGGACACCUCCCCGUGGGCCCUCACCAGACCUGGACCUGGUCAAUGACCUCAGCCUUCAGGAGGUGCGAGUCGUGAUAGAGGACAUCAACGACCAGCCACCACGCUUCACCAAGGCUGAAUACACUGCAGGAGUGGCCACUGACGCCAAGAUGGGCUCAGAGUUGAUCCAAGUGCUGGCCCUGGACGCAGACAUUGGCAACAACAGUCUGGUCUUCUACAGCAUCCUGGCCAUCCACUACUUCCGGGCCUUUGCCAACGACUCUGAGGACGUGGGCCAGGUCUUCACCAUGGGGAGUGUGGAUGGCAUCCUGCGCACCUUUGACCUCUUCAUGGUCUACAGCCCCGGCUACUUUGUGGUGGACAUUGUGGCCCGGGACCUGGCAGGCCACAACGACACGGCUAUCAUCGGCAUUUACAUCCUGAGGGAUGACCAGCGCGUCAAAAUCGUCAUUAAUGAGAUCCCCGACCGCGUGCGUGGCUUUGAGGAGGAGUUCAUCCGCCUACUCUCCAACAUCACUGGUGCCAUCGUCAACAGUGAUGACGUGCAGUUCCACGUGGACAACAAGGGUCGGGUGAACUUCGCACAGACGGAGCUGCUCAUCCACGUGGUGAACCGUGACACCAACCGCAUCCUGGACGUGGACCGGGUGAUCCAGAUGAUUGACGAGAACAAGGAACAGCUGCGGAACCUUUUCCGGAACUACAACGUGUUGGACGUGCAGCCCGCCAUCUCCGUCCGGCUGCCCGAUGACAUGUCUGCCCUGCAGAUGGCGAUCAUUGUCCUGGCCAUUCUCCUUUUCCUGGCUGCCAUGCUCUUUAUCCUCAUGAACUGGUACUACAGGACCGUACACAAGAGAAAGCUCAAAGCCAUAGUGGCUGGCUCAGCAGGGAAUCGUGGCUUCAUUGACAUCAUGGACAUGCCCAACACCAACAAGUAUUCCUUUGAUGGGGCCAACCCGGUGUGGCUGGAUCCUUUCUGCCGGAACCUGGAACUGGCUGCCCAGGCCGAGCAUGAGGACGACCUGCCAGAGAACCUGAGUGAGAUCGCUGACCUGUGGAGCAGCCCCACCCGCACCCACGGAACUUUUGGGCGUGAACCAGCAGCAGUCAAGCCUGAUGAUGACCGGUAUUUGCGGGCAGCCAUCCAGGAGUACGAUAACAUUGCCAAGCUGGGCCAGAUCAUUCGGGAGGGUCCCAUCAAGGGCUCGCUGCUGAAGGUGGUCCUGGAGGAUUACCUGCGGCUCAAAAAGCUCUUUGCACAGCGGAUGGUGCAAAAAGCCGCCUCCUGCCACUCCUCCAUCUCAGAGCUGAUCCAGACGGAACUGGAGGAGGAGCCGGGGGAGCACAGCCCAGGCCAGGGCAGCCUGCGCUUCUGCCACAAGCUGCCACCAGAGCUGAGGGGGCCUGAUGGGAUCCACGCGGUGCACAGCAGCACAGGUACACUGCUGGCCACGGACCUCAACAGCCUGCCCGAGGAUGACCAGAAGGGUCUGGGCCGCUCGCUGGAGACGCUGACAGCCGCCGAGGCCAGUGCCUUUGAGCGCAACGCCCGCACGGAGUCCGCCAAAUCAACACCCCUGCACAAGCUUCGCGAUGUGAUCAUGGAGAGCCCCCUGGAGAUCACAGAGCUAUGACUUGCUGGGGGCGCCUCACUGGUGUGAGCAGCGCCUGUCCCUAGCCCCCUCUCAUGGCAAGGGCAGGGGCAGGACCACGGGUGUGGGCCCCUCCCCAGCCAGCCCUGGGCUCACAACCUUCAGGUGGCCUAGACCUUGGGCUGGCCCGGCAGUGGCAGCCCGCAUCCGCUGCUCGGAUUCCACUUCUGCCAGACGCUCAUUCAGCAUCUGACUUCUACAUCAUAAAAUUUGUUAUUUUUUUAAGAAAACCAAACAAAAAUGUUAAGCGUCUAAGGAUGAGGUAAGGAGCGUCACUGGGGACCCAGGAGUUUAAGGACCAAUUCAGCCCAGGCUGAGCUGAGAGGCCAAGCAGGUCCGCCCGACAUGGUUCCAGUUCCCUGCCUGACCUUGACUUCCUCCCUGACUUUGGUUCAAGCCCCCCUGCCUUUCUGCCACAUCCCUGGCUGGACAUCUAGGUGGGGGCAGUGAGUGACCCCUGCCUCCCCACAUGGACAAGGUUAAUAGUAGCCACAAACCACGUUCUCUUCAUUUCAUGGCUUCCCAAAUAUGCCCGGCUCAUAAAGAGAAAUGACUGAUGUUCCCUUGGGUUUUGAAUGUAGAGUGGUCGUGUGUAUUCCUUUUUUUAAAAAAUUAAGUUAUUCCCUCAAUAUUUUCCCUUUGGUUUGUUUAACUGGUACUCACUGAA